AGCAGGGCAGCCUACCGCGGUGUCAAGUUUGCGUUAAUCAGGCUCGGUACAGUUUCAGACAUAUUUGUCAAAGCGGAGAGGAGUCAUCAUCGGAUCUGCUCCAGCUCACAUCUACAAAGUAUGUCUACGUGUUGUUGUCACGGACUUAACGUGUGAGGUAAGCUGUGACUGUCCCCGUCUUUGUCUCUCCGUGCACCUGCAUGUACCGUGGGCAGUCCUGGCCUGUUGGAGAGGCGCUGUGCUCAGAGACUGUGCUGCACUAGGAGAACCCCAUGGCUUCUGGCCCUCCAUCUCCCUCUGGAGGCCGUAGGCUCAGGCUGGUGGAGUUGCUACUAGGGCCUCUGUUGGUCUUGCUUGUUUCUGGGCUGGGACCAGCAUUGGGUCAGAAGGUCUACACCAACACCUGGGCUGUCCACAUACCUGGAGGUCAGGAGGAAGCUGAUCAAAUUGCCAGCAAACAUGGCUUCAUGAACUACGGACAUGUAUUUGGUGAUUAUUAUCACUUCCGGCAUCGUACACUGGUGAAGAGAUCACUGUCAGAUCACAGGGGGACACAAGUCCGUCUACAAAGAGAUCCCAAGGUAACUUGGGCAGAGCAACAAGUGGUGAAACAGAGGAAAAAGAGGGAUGUCUAUCUGGAACCUUUAGAUCCCAAAUUCAGAGAACAGUGGUACCUGUACAACAGCAACCACCAUGACUUGAAUGCCAAAUCUGCUUGGCAGUUGGGCUACACAGGUAAAGGGGUGGUGGUGUCCAUCCUGGAUGAUGGAAUAGAGAAGAACCAUCCUGACCUGAUGCAGAACUACGACCCGGAUGCCAGCUACGAUGUGAAUGAUGGAGACCCAGAUCCUCAGCCCAGAUACACACAGCUUAACGACAACAGGCAUGGAACACGAUGUGCAGGAGAAGUAGCAGCAGUAGCUAACAAUGGCAUCUGUGGAGUCGGUGUGGCUUACAAUGCCAAGAUCGGAGGUGUGCGUAUGCUAGACGGCGAGGUGACUGACAUGGUGGAGGCCCAGUCUCUCAGUCUGAAUCCCCAACACAUUGACAUCUACAGUGCCAGCUGGGGCCCGGAGGAUGACGGCAAAACUGUCGACGGACCUGCCAAACUCGCCAAAGAGGCCUUCCUGCGCGGGGUUACAGAGGGUCGUGGCGGUUUGGGCUCCAUCUUUGUGUGGGCUUCUGGGAACGGAGGAAGGGAGAAGGACAGCUGUAACUGCGAUGGCUACACCAACAGCAUCUACACCCUGUCAAUCAGCAGCUCCACUCAGAACGGCAACGUACCCUGGUACAGCGAGGCUUGCUCUUCCACCCUCGCCACCACCUAUAGCUCGGGGAACCUCAACGAGAAACAGAUAGUGACUACAGACCUCAAAUCUAAAUGCACAGACUCCCACACAGGCACCUCUGCCUCCGCCCCGCUGGCUGCUGGGAUCAUCGCUCUUGCCCUUGAGGCCAAUAAAAACCUGACCUGGAGGGACAUGCAACAUCUGGUUGUACAAACUUCUCACCCUGCCCACCUGCUCACCAAUGACUGGAGAACCAAUGGGGUUGGACGCAAAGUUAGCCAUUCAUAUGGAUAUGGCCUACUUGAUGCCAGUGAAAUUGUGUCGCUGGCAAAGACAUGGACCAGUGUGGGGCCGCAGCGGAAAUGUUUGAUCUCCAUGGUCUGUGAGCCGAGGAACAUUGGCAGUCGUUUAUCGAUUAACAAGAGUGUGGACGCCUGCUUUGGCUCAGACGCUCACGUGACCUCAUUAGAGCAUGUCCAAGCCCGACUCACCCUUUCUUACAACCGGAGGGGAAACCUGGCUAUCCACCUCAUUAGUCCUGCCGGCACACGGUCCACACUGCUCCACCCCAGGCCGCAUGACUACUCAUCAGAGGGUUUUAAUGACUGGGCUUUCAUGACCACCCACUCCUGGGAUGAGAACCCCAAAGGGGAGUGGACUCUGGAGAUUGAGAAUGUGGCUGGUGCCAGUGACUAUGGCACUCUGACCCAGUUCAUUCUGGUGCUGUAUGGAACCGGCUCAGCAUCUCCCAGCUCCUCUGAGAAGGCUCAACCUGGAAAUGGCAGCUGUAAGACAUUGGACCUGAGGCAGAUAUGCAUCGAGUGCAACGCCGGCUACUACCUCUUCCAGCAAGGCUGUGUGAAAGAAUGUCCAGCAGGCUUCUCUGUGGGCUCACAGCCCCUCAACUACACAGUGGGAAACUUUAUAACACCAGCUUCCGUCCCAGCCUGCCUGCCCUGUCCACCUCCCUGCCUGACCUGCAGCAGCCUCAGUCCUCGGGCCUGCCUGUCCUGCCUCCCACACAGCUCCCUGGAUCCCAUCUCUGGCACCUGCCUGCACCUCAACCAGUACAUGCGUGAGUCCCCUGGCAGCUUCAUGGUGGGCCACGGUGACCCUGCCUUGCAGGUCAACCUCAGCUCCCGGCUGCCAAUCACCAUUGCCGUGCUCAGCUGCAUGGCCAUCAUUGCCACCUUCGCUGGCAUCUUCCUGCUGCUGCAGCUGCGCUCAGGCGCACUCAUCAAGUUGCCGUCUCUGGAGGCUGGCAGUGGCAUCGGGGGCAGCUUCAGCCUGGGGGGAAACAGAGUGGUCUCGUACCGUGGCAUCCCAACUGUGUGGGGGGAUGAAGGGGUAAAUACAGACUCCGAAAACGAGGAGUUUGACGUCCAUAAUGAGAGGACUGCCUUUAUCAAAACACAAAGUGCUCUUUAAUGCUUCCCCCUCAUCCCUCUCUGUCUCCUGCUUUUAAAGUCUUCUCACCAUAAUUAGUCUGAUAAUUCAGGGCUGUGAUAAAUGUCCUUUCACAGUCCUCUCUGGUUUUAUCUCUCACCCCCUUUUUUUCUGUCUGUCUUACCGGCUUCUCACCUGAGUCUUGUUUCGGGACCAUGUCUUCUACUCUGCUGUGGGACACCUGAUGGGAAGCUGCUGUCUCUCGGAGCUCGGGAUGGGCUGAGUUUUGCUCCGUUCACACUUGGGCGCAUUUCUAUUAAACUGGCUCUCUCCCUCCUCUUGCCCUCAAUCACAAACAGUGUCUGUCUGUGCAGAGUCCAUUUUCCCCUCCAGCUCCAGCUCUUUUUUGUUACAGUAAACAAAUGAUUAUUGUUUGCUUUCUUCCUAUUUGCUUUUCCCAUCAGUCUCAGUGCAGUAGCCAGAAGAGAUUGUUGAAUGUGAGGACCACAGAUGUGUGUGCGUUUGUAUGUGUGCACAUGUCUGAAUGUGUCUGUGUGUAUGUGAGCAUAUAAAUCUGUUGAACAGUGUAGGCUCUUUUAUAGAGAAGCUAAAGCUGGUCCAGUCACAACUACAACUUCAACUAUUAAGUGAUAAUAAAAAAUGUGAAAUGUGGCAUGAAAACCGAUUUGGAAACAUUGAUUCUCUCUGAAGUGUCAUUUAGUGACAUAAACAAAAAAUCUGUUGAGAAAAUCACCAUCUACUUGCAGUGAGUCACGUUUUAAAGUGCAUUUUAUAUGUGCACAAGUCAAAAGCAGAAUAUAUGUCAAGAAAAUUACUUUAAUAGCUCAUAAUCAUGUAUUACCAGUCAGAAAAACGAAGCUGACUGUCUGAAAACUUUCAGGUGUCGCCAUCUGUCGUUGAUCUGAACAAUUGUAUUUACUUUAAACAGAAUGCAUCUUUCAUACAGACACUUUAUUAUACAUAUAGUUAUUAUUCUAGUUGUGACGGAGGCUUUUGUUCUUCCGUUGUACACACAAUCUGGAAAGAUGUCUCGCAGCUCUGGCAGAACAAACUGUGCAAAGCUAGCAAAGCUUCCUCGAGCCUUUUGGGAUUCAGGAUGGACUGAGCUUACUCUGGUUUGGAAACUAUAAAUUCUCCUGCUCUCAUAACCUCCCAGCCAUCAUAAAAGAUAAGUUAAAUUAAAAACAUAUUAAAUCAAAAUCACAGUCUACUCGAUCAGCCCUGAGGCGCAAUCCCUUCCAGGGAUAUUUAAUUUCUGCGUCUGAUGUGCUCACAUCCCCGGGCUGAGAAAAGCAGCCGAGGUGCUGAUGGGACCCAAAACAAUCUGUGACUGUUGAGCACAAGAGCUUUCUCAAAGCAGUUGGCAGGUGUUGAUUUACCUGUGAUUGAUUUCUUGACAGAGCAGACACAGCAACAAUACAUCAACGCUUUCCCUUUGUUAGAGCACAUUAGCACUACAAACACACUACACAUGCCUCAUAUCAUAAUGACAGAAAUGUUGAUGCAUGCGUGUGUGUGUGUGUUAGUUUAUUGCAUAUGAUGUUUCUCUGCUCUCUGAAGUGAGGGUUUCCUUUCCUCCUUCGUCUCACAGUCUCAUCAAUGUCUCUGCACUCACCCUCCAGUCUUCAUCUAAUCUGAAUUUCAGAUAUUCUCUUCAGCAUACUCGCCAAUUAAUUAUAUUCUGAAUGAUACUGCAGCAACUAUUUAUUCUGAGAGAUUUUAAUCAUACCUUUAGGGAAGAUUGUUUUUAAAGUGAUUUUUCCCCUGUGCCGGUUAUCAUCUAAAUUAUGCAUCUCAUGAUUUAAUCCAGUGUAGCCAUUUUGAAUCCACUGAUCUCCUUUCUAUGUUGAAAUUAUUUUUUUCAUUUCCAGUACAAAAACUGUGGAGCUUUGCUGAGAGAGGUUGUCAUGGUGAUGACAUGCAUACAAAACUGCAGCUGCUCAUCCUUUUAUCUACCUCUCAUAUCAUUCAGCAAUGUUUCAGAUGCCGUUAGAGGAGCUGUUAAAUGAUUAUAGAGGUCAAAUACCAUGUAGGACAGAUAUGAAAUGUUUCUCGGGGAGGAUAAGCAUCUAUUAAGUCAAAUAUAGGUUUUAAAAGAAAAACAAGCAAUUGCAAUUCUGAAACUGUAAAGCUGCUGUGUAAAUUUUCGUCCCUUGAAACGCCUAUGUCUCCUAAAAUGUAUUGCCUUUGGUAUCAGCAUUCGUGGGCAGUCAAACCUGGGCUUUAAGACCUGUUAUUGAUGAUAGAAUGGGUAGAGGCAUCAUCCAUAAUUCUUGUUGGCCUGUAUUUAAGUGCCAACCUAAAAUUGUAUUGGGCAUUGGUUGUUUUUUGUUUGUUUUAUUUUGCUCGGGUGGCAUCACCUGAGGUUAAUACCUUUUUAUUAAGUUACUGUCACCGACAAUCAAACCAUUUCCUUGUUUAGAGAUUGAGAAAGUGCACUAGCACACAAAUCAUUUUUAAUGUAACCACUUGCAUUGGAAAGCCUUCGUAGAGGGGAUCAUUCAUAGAUAUGCAGAAGCAAAUGUGAUUUAAAUUGCAAAAGUAUGUUCAGAGGUCAUUUGCUCAUUCAGACCAGGCAAGAUAUAUGUACGUGUGUAUAUAUGUACGUAUGUAUGUAUGUACGUUGGUAUGUAUGCACUUAUGUAAAAACUGAAAAACAACAGAGAAUCCAAAAAAAAGUUUCAAACCAGUAACUCCAAAAGAUCAUGUUCUAUGGACAGAAAAAGAUUGGUAUGUAUGCUCUCAAACACAGCGCUGAGCCAGGGAGCUUAAUUUAUUUCAGAUGGCUGGUGCAGGUGUAGCACAUUUGGCUUAUCACAGUAGCUUCAGCCAUGAAGCACUAAACUGGAUUGGAAACCAGCCUGUGAAUAUGGAUGCAGAGAAAUGCCCUCAACAGGAACAAAGCUAAUGUGGCUGCAGAAUAACGAGUGUUUGCUGCAGGGCUUUGUGUGAUUUACAUUAGUGCCUACUGCCAUUUAGGAUUUGAUUAGCCCUAGUUUAAGGAGGAUGCUAAUUUAAAAAUAGAAUAACUGCAGCCUCAGACAAAAUCUUAUUGACUUCUCAGCUUGCUGUGAAGUGUGUAAACAACAGAUAAUGGGCAAAAGCAGCACCAAAAUUGCUUCCAUAAACUAUUUUCUUAAACUCUGGAAACUCCAGUUUGCUUUUAAAGAAGAACUAUGAUGUUGGACUUUGACCAAUUUGUUGCAAAUUUGUACUGACUAAUUGAUACUCAGUCUAGUCAUAAUUAUGCAUUGUGCAUCUUCCCUUAAAAACACCAAAAAUGAUAUUGCUUCCAGAGAGUGUGGUUUCUCCUUAAAUGUGGUGUUUUAGGUUCUGACAGGUUCUCUGCGGCCCCUCGAGGGCACACUUAAAAUGAUUUAUUCAUCUUAGCUUGAUGGAUUCACUACAGCUUGAAAACUCAGAAAACUUUAAACUGAUGAACUCUGAGCUCUGCGCUUUCAUGUGCUCGACUUUAAGAAAAUCCUGAAUGCGGGCCGCAUUAAGUAGCCAGUGCUUCUAAAACGCAGGGAGCUGCGGAAAACCAUUGGCCACCACCUUGCCCCUUUCAAUGAAUGAAUGUGAUGGAACUACACACAAAAAAAAAAAAGUAGUUCUCCAACUGUGCCAGAGAGCGACUCAUAAUUAUAAGGCCACCACUUCACUGGCACUAAAGUGUGAAGUGUGUUUAAUAUAGAAAGUAACAGAAAAAAUCUGAUCAUUGCAAAUUGUCUCCUUUUGAUUAUAAAGAAAAGACUUGCUCGUGGGCAUGAUUGAAGCUUUUCUUUAUACCGCUGAUUUAUUUUCAAAUGGAGCUCAAUAUUACUUCAGUCCUGCCUUAGGAUGUAGUCUGAAGUGUUCAAUAUGAAGUCAGAUGGAGUUAAUAGGAGCAAUAUCUUUGGCAUAACCAAAGACAAUCAUUUUAAUGCUGUCUGUCUCGUGUUAAGACGUUGUUUUGCUUUCAGGUUGUCACAAUCCAUCGACCCUUUCACUUUAGCCCAGAGUGUUUUGUUGACGUCAUUCUGUCACUUCUGCCUUUUUAAAGAUCUGCAGCGACACACUGUAUAUGUUUAGCAGCUGUGGAGGGAGGAGGUAGAAUGUAUCCCAUCUCCAUUAACUUAAGGGCUGAAUCAGAUCUGCGUGCGUCCAUGUGUGCACAUGCUUGUUUAAGUAUAAAAGAAACACUUUGCGAUGGUGGGGGGGAGGGCGGAUAGUGGAGCAGCCUCAGAUGACUCUGUUGACCUCCUCCUGCCUCUUCAUGAGGUUCCUGGCCUGUGGCUGCACACAGUACCUUACAGAUUUGUGACCUAUGAAUAAUGUACAAGAAUGACUAUCUUACAUGGGACAUAACUCUAAAAUAAGGCCUAUUUUUGUACUAUAUGAAUGGUGCAGUGUAAUUUUCUUGUAAUUUAAGGAAUUUUUUUUUUUUUUGCUCUUGUUUUUUUUUCCUUUUUAUUUAAUUGAUGUCAAAUAUAGAUUCUACUAAAAAAAAAAAAAAUAAAGAUCUAUGCAAAUUUGAA